CUCCCAGAAGAUUCCUAUAGAAGCUCCUGCCUGUCCACUUUGCAUCCGUCGUCCACAUCGCUCCUUCAGAGUGACGAAAAGAGAUUUGUGGAAUCCUGGAGCCAGUGGAGCAAACAGCAGCAGCUCUGCUCAACCUCAGCGCCAACAUGUUGUACCUGGAGACGGGCUCCACCACGGCCUACAGUGAGUCGCAGUACACGAACCUGGGUCUCCUGAACAGCAUGGAUCAGAGCAUCCAGAACGGAGGCUCCACCUCCACCAGCCCCUACAACAACGAUCACUCCCAGAACAACGUGGCGGCACCCUCACCCUACUCCCAGCCCAGCUCCACCUUCGACGCCCUCUCCCCCUCCCCCGCCAUCCCCUCCAACACAGACUACGCCGGGACACACACCUUCGACGUGUCCUUCCAGCAGUCCAGCACCGCAAAGUCUGCCACCUGGACGUACUCAACAGAGCUGAAGAAGUUGUACUGUCAGAUCGCCAAGACGUGUCCGAUCCAGAUCAAAGUGCUGACCAACCCCCCGCAGGGCGCCGUCAUCCGAGCCAUGCCCGUCUACAAGAAGGCGGAGCACGUGACGGAGGUCGUGAAGCGCUGCCCCAACCACGAGCUCAGCCGCGAGUUCAACGACGGUCAGAUCGCUCCUCCCAGCCACCUGAUCCGGGUGGAGGGGAACAACCACGCUCAGUACCUGGAGGACUCCAUCACCGGGAGGCAGAGCGUGUUUGUCCCAUACGAACCUCCACAGGUGGGCACAGAAUUCACCACAAUUUUGUACAACUUCAUGUGCAACUCGAGCUGCGUGGGGGGGAUGAACCGACGCCCGAUCCUCAUCAUCGUGACUCUGGAGACCCGAGAUGGUCAGGUGUUAGGCCGCCGCUGCUUCGAGGCCCGGAUCUGCGCCUGCCCGGGUCGAGACAGGAAGGCGGACGAGGACAGCAUCCGCAAGCAGCACGUGACGGACGGCUCCAAGAGCGGAGACGCUUACCGCCAAGUAUCCCACGGCAUCCAGAUGUCCACCAUCAAGAAGAGGAGAUCCACAGACGAGGAGGUGUUCUGUUGCCUAUCAAAGGCCGUGAAAUUUAUGAGAUUUUGGUAAAAAUCAAGGAGUCUCUGGAGCUGAUGCAGUAUCUGCCUCAACACACCAUCGAGUCGUACCGGCAGCAGCAGCAGAACCUCCUCCAGAAACA